CUUAAACCCAUCCUCCUGAUCCACAACGCCCGUAACCAGCGCCGUUGUCAGCUCGACGCCUCGCCCGCCACUGCGCCGCAAUCUCGUUUCCUGUCAAAACAAUCCGCCUUGCGCUUCAGCGGGCAACAGCGACAACAUGGAUCCCUACGAUGUCGAAGGCGGCGCAAUCAACGUGCGCUUCCUCCAUGCUGACAAUACGCGCGCGAAAUUCCUAAUCCAGAAUUUCAACCUCGAGACGGCAAACUCGCUGCGACGGGUCAUGCUGGCCGAGAUCCCUACUAUUGCUAUCGAUGUCGUUGAAGUGCUCGACAACACCUCUUCACUUGCUGACGAGUUCGUCUGCCACCGCCUCGGCCUCAUCCCUCUUUCCGCUAAGGGCCUAGAUGAUAUCAUAUACUCGAGGGAUUGUGAGUGUGAGGGAUACUGCGAUCAGUGUUCGGUGACGUUGACGCUGAACGCGAAGUGCACCACGGACGGGGUAAUGAAAGUCUGCGCACGAGAUCUGGUAGUUUCGGCGGGCAGGCCAAAUGAGACGGUCGGCAAUCCUGUAAUCAUGGAUCCAGAGGGCCAGGGCAGCACAAUUGUGAAGUUGAGGAAGGGCCAGACUAUCCAUAUGCGCUGUAUUGCGAAGAAGGGUAUUGCGAAAGAACACGCAAAGUGGGCGCCCAGUGCUGCGAUUGGGUUCGAGUACGAUCCAAACAACAAGUUGAGGCAUCUGGACUACUGGUUCGAGGAGGAUGCAAAGAAGGAGUGGCCUGUUGACGAAGAGAACGCUAACAUUGACGGCGGACCCCAAGAAGACGAGCAAUUUGAUUACAACGCCGUCCCCACGCGCUUCUUCUACGAUGUGGAAACCGUCGGCGGCCUUGACCCAGAUCAGAUCGUUCUUCAAGGCAUCACAACGCUGCAGCGGAAACUCGCCGAAGUCAUUAGCAGCUUAACAGGUGGCGACCAAGGCGAUGGUGUUGACGGUUUCGGUGCACAGAGUCCGCAGAUGAAUGGUGCGGGCUUCGGUGGACAAGAUCCAGGAUAUACUACUCCAUAUGGCAAUGCCAGCGUUUGGGGUGGGACAGGCGGUGCUACUCCGUACGGUGCGACGCCAUAUGGUGGUGCCGGGAACGGGAAUCAGUGGUGAUCUUGACGCGAUCAUCAUCCACAGAUCUCCAUCUACUGAUCCUCACUCCCAUAGAUCCCAUGAGAAGCUCUCCCGUUACCAAAGCUACCCGCAGCAGCUGAGAUAAUAUCGACAUAACACGCUCAAAAAGCCCCUUUCUGGCUUUCCGCUUCUCCGGCUUACCCUAAGUUCAUUGAAAAAUGCUCCUGUAUUUGUAUUGCAUGGCCUGGAGUUCAAAAAGGCUUUGGCGUUGCACCAGGAUCUCUCGGCUUGGGAGAGUGUUUGUCCAUUGGAAGGCUCUUUUCCCAAGGCUCUCACUACAUUGGCACUCGCUCAUGGAUAUGAUAGACUACUAGGUUCGGGGAGGCUAGAAUCAUCCAAAAGCCUUUGUAGGAUUGAGCAGGAUUAGAACAUUACCAUUCCAUGAAUGCUUAACAUGCUAAUAAUCUGAGUCUGUCUCCAUGACCAUGGCUCUUCGUAACAGGU